AGUUGUUUUCUGGGUCAAGGGGAAGUGAUGGAAAACCAACAGCUCUUCAACAUUGCAGUCAACAGGGUGCAACAGUUCCACCUAUUGGCUCAGAAAAUGUCCAACGACUUUGAAGGCACCCUGUUUUCUGAUGAACGCAGACAGCUGAACAAGAUAUCCCAGCUGGACAUCUAUAACUCUGACUUCAUCAUGAGCCCAAUCGACAAGCAGGAGACUCAGAAGACUUCAGUCCUUAAUCUUCUCCAUAUCUCUUUCCACCUGAUUGAAUCCUGGCAGUACUCUAGCCAGACCAUGACCAUCUCAAACAGCCUGAUGGUCAGAAACUCCAACCAGAUCUCGAAGAAGCUCAGUGACCACAAAGUGGGCAUCAACCUGCUCAUCAAGGGGAGCAAGGAUGGGAUACUGAUCCUGGGUGACAAUGACUCUCAGCAUCUGCCCCCUGCGGGAACUAAUACCAGAACCUGGGGCGAACCUGGACGUAUCUUUGGAACAUUCACAUUAAAAUGUGUCAAAUAUAACCUAUUCUUCUUUUUUUCCCCCAAGGUUGAGACCUACCUGACCGUCGCUAAGUGCAGGCAGUCGCUGGAGGCCAACUGCACUCUGUAAACGUGGGCUGGAGCGGCAGCCAGCAAGAGCCUGUCUCCAGGGUUCGGUUUCCCAGAUACAGAUUACACCUUGCUCUGCACUGAAGAGCAUUUUCAAUUGAGAUUCUCCAUUAUGCAUGCUUUUUAGUCUAUAGUAGAUUUAAUUAGUAGAUUUAAUUUAGAUCUGGUAGAGCCUGACUCCAGGGGUUUUCAAGCAUUUGCAUUUUCUUCUCUGAAAUCAACAACAGCACUUUCUAUAAUAUUCACUCUAUUCCUCAGAGCUACCAUUGAUCCACGGACAUUUUAGAUUAGUACAUUUAUAGAAAAGAUUAUAAAUAUGUCUUAUUUAAAUAUAUGAUUCGAGGUGGUGCUGCCAUUUAUGCAUAAAUUAAUAUUUAGGGGUGAAAUGGGAACUUGUAGAGCUCCAAGCUUUAGGUAUGUCCACAGAUGGAUAAUAUAUUUUAUAGUAAUUUCCUUUAAGCAUUUUCAUUCCUUAAUCUUAC